GUUGUAACACUUGGCACUCGAAAUAGUCUCCUCUUCUUUCCAUGAUGUGGUAUCGUCCGGUAAACCUAGCUGGGCUAACCAAGAUUUAUAUCUAGAGAACGACGGAAAGCGUCGGGCCGCUGUGAAUGAGGUUACGGUGAAGGUGUAAAUAUAACAUAGCAUUUUGAUAAAAUUAGCUCCUGUUAACGUAUCAGUGUUAUCAAUACGUGUUUCACAAGUUAAACCAUGUCAACCCCGGCUAGAAGGAGACUUAUGAGAGAUUUUAAACGGCUACAAGAGGACCCUCCAGCUGGUGUCAGUGGUGCCCCAUCUGAAAAUAACAUUAUGGUGUGGAAUGCCGUCAUAUUUGGCCCUGAAGGAACUCCCUUUGAGGACGGUACAUUUAAACUCAUUGUAGAGUUCACAGAAGAAUACCCCAACAAACCCCCCACAGUACGAUUUGUGUCGAAGAUGUUUCAUCCAAAUGUCUAUGCAGAUGGCAGUAUAUGUUUGGACAUCCUACAGAACCGUUGGAGUCCCACUUAUGAUGUGUCCUCUAUUCUUACAUCUAUCCAGUCCCUGCUUGAUGAACCAAACCCCAACAGUCCAGCCAACAGUCAGGCAGCCCAGCUGUACCAGGAAAACAAGCGGGAAUACGAAAAGCGUGUGUCUGCCAUCGUAGAACAAAGUUGGAGGGACAGUUGACCUGAAAAUCCUGACAGCUACUCUCUCCAUUGUUAAGCUGUGUGUGCUGCAAGUUUUAGUAGAGUACCUCUUAAUUUUUACCCUCCCCCCACCUUUUUGAUUUUAAGCUUUUAUGCACUUUACCUUCAACAUACCUUUUUUGCCCACCGAGAGGGAUUUAUUUUUUCUAUACUAUCCCGCUUUUUCAGUCCGUCAGGGGAAAUGUGCUGAAUCUUGCCUUGAUGUUUUGUCAGUAUGGACUUGUGGACUGUCAACCCAAAAAUUCUGGCCUGUUCUUACUUGCUGUAAUAACUCCCCAUGACUGAUUAUGUUAAAUGUCCUGGAGGGUGUUUGAAUUAAGUCAUGGGUCCUCUGUUGUGCUCCUUAUUUGUUCGGCCAUUUUGUUUUCGCAAGGCAGUUUGUGGGCUCCAAUGUGAUCAUCCUAUCUUUCCCUGGGAGAAUGAGCAGCCUGAGCAUCAUGGACUACAACUAAAUCCGACAUCUUUACAUCGUGUCAUUUGCUGUGUUGUGAACUUUGUUACAUGCAUGACAGAGUGUAUUCACGUUCCGGUUCAGUACUCGUGUAUAUAAGAAACCUGCAGCUGAAUUUAUGUACAGAUUUUGCACUGGUUGUCCCCCAUGUCAUUUUUUCAGCACUUGUAAAUAAACAAAAAAGGCAAAUCCA